AUGGGGUUCAACAUGGAGCCGGUUCUCCUGGAGCGACCUUGGCAGAAUGGCAGGCUGAAGUGUGGAGCACUUUGGCAGAAGGAGGCGCCAGGGCUUCCGGAAGCGGAGCUGCAGUCUCUGAGGAACUCACAGGCUUGGCUGGAGCUGAAGAUGCGGGAGCUCAAGGAGACGGUGGCUCAGGUGUCUGAUGCAAAGGGGAACAUAGUGCAGGCAGUGAGCGAGGUCCUUGAAGACCAUGGUGUCCAAGAGGAGAAGAGAGAGGAAAUUCUGCGGUUGGCCCAGGCGGCAAUUGAGAAGGCCCUUGACGACUCCAUCCAGAUGCGUGACUGGGCUCUGGAAGCCUUAGGUGCCACCAUUGAUGAGAAGAGGACAUCCAAGAGUUAUGGUGGGCAAGGCAAGAAGACCUGGUGGCUUUUUCCAUUCGCCUUCUCUUCUGCAAACCCUCCAGAGACAAUCUUGCAGCUCCGUAUUGCCCCGGGCAGCUGCUGGGCUUUCCAAGGAUCUCGAGGCCACGUGGUCAUCCGUCUGCCUGAGCCAGUCUGGCCAACGGCUUUCACCAUCUGGCAUAUCUCCGAGGCAGUCUCUCCUUCCGGGGAGGUCAGCAGCGCCCCCAAAGAGUUUGCUGUCUCCGGAGCGGAUGAGGCAACGGCAGAAACGCUCCUGGGGACGUUCACCUACGACGUGCACAAGGAGAUCGCUCAGACAUUCCAUGUGCAGAAGGAGCUUCCCCGGACCUUUCGCUACAUCACACUCCGGGUGCACAGCAACUGGGGAAACCCCGAGUACACCUGUGUCUACCGAGUACAGGUUCACGGGAAGACGGCGAGCCGCAACGACCGCCCGAGACUUCUUCUGUUCCUCGCCUUCCUCCAGAUCGCCAUCCUCAUCGUGGUUGUGCUGAAGGGAGACAUCCUUGACUGGGUCCUGCCACCAAAGCUGGCGGCCGCCUUUGGGAGCCGCCCAGCGAGGUCCCAGCUCUUCUGA